ACCCAUUGUUCUCGAGAGAACCUUCGAAUCUCGCAGUCGAGUCUCACAAGCCGUCAAAGAACGUUCACGUGAGCUGUAUCUGUCAUAAUCUGACCAUCUGAGUAUCUCUGUAAGAAAAAGAGAACAAAAUGCGUGAGUGCAUCUCUAUACACGUUGGCCAAGCCGGAGUGCAGAUCGGUAAUGCCUGCUGGGAACUGUACUGCCUGGAGCAUGGCAUACAGCCUGAUGGUCAAAUGCCCAGUGAUAAAACCAUUGGUGGCGGUGAUGACUCCUUCAACACUUUCUUCUCUGAGACUGGAGCAGGAAAGCAUGUACCCCGUGCUGUGUUCGUAGACUUGGAACCUACUGUUGUUGAUGAGGUUCGCACUGGGACCUACAGACAACUGUUCCACCCAGAACAGCUCAUCACAGGCAAGGAGGAUGCUGCCAACAACUAUGCACGUGGUCAUUACACCAUCGGCAAGGAGAUCGUUGACCUUGUGCUGGAUCGCAUCCGCAAGCUUGCUGACCAGUGCACUGGGCUUCAGGGCUUCCUCAUCUUCCACAGUUUCGGAGGAGGAACCGGCUCUGGAUUCGCGUCGCUUCUCAUGGAACGUCUGUCGGUUGACUAUGGAAAGAAGUCCAAGUUGGAGUUCGCCAUUUAUCCAUCACCGCAGGUGUCCACUGCAGUGGUUGAGCCAUACAACUCCAUUCUGACCACUCAUACUACUUUGGAGCAUUCUGACUGCGCUUUCAUGGUGGACAAUGAAGCCAUCUAUGACAUCUGUCGCCGCAACCUGGACAUUGAACGACCAACCUAUACCAAUCUCAAUCGUCUUAUUGCUCAAAUUGUGUCCUCCAUCACUGCAUCUCUGAGAUUCGAUGGUGCCCUCAAUGUAGAUCUUACAGAGUUCCAGACCAACUUGGUACCAUAUCCACGCAUCCACUUCCCACUGGCGACCUAUGCUCCUGUCAUCUCUGCUGAGAAGGCUUACCAUGAGAUGCUGUCUGUUGCUGAGAUCACUAAUGCUUGCUUUGAGCCAGCUAACCAGAUGGUGAAGUGCGACCCACGCCAUGGCAAGUACAUGGCAUGCUGCAUGCUGUAUCGUGGUGAUGUCGUCCCCAAGGAUGUCAAUGCUGCCAUCGCAACCAUCAAGACCAAGCGCACGAUCCAGUUCGUUGACUGGUGCCCCACUGGAUUCAAGGUCGGCAUCAACUACCAGCCGCCCACCGUUGUUCCGGGAGGUGAUCUGGCCAAGGUUCAGCGUGCAGUCUGCAUGCUGAGCAACACCACGGCCAUCGCUGAAGCCUGGGCUCGUCUCGACCACAAGUUUGAUCUGAUGUACGCCAAGCGAGCCUUUGUUCAUUGGUACGUGGGAGAGGGCAUGGAGGAAGGAGAAUUCUCAGAAGCCCGUGAGGAUUUGGCUGCCUUGGAGAAGGAUUACGAAGAAGUCGGUGUUGACUCGGUUGAGGGAGAAGGUGAAGAGGGUGAGGGAGAAGAGUAUUAAUCUGCAUAAUAAAAUUGUAGCUUCAUAAGUUUAAAGGACAUUGCUAGCGAUACCGGAAAUUGUAAUUCCGUGUAGGUUUUAUAAAGUAUUUUUGGACAUUUGGGACUUCUUUAGUAUUGCUAUGGUAGUUACUGGAAUAUAUGUAACCAGCGGGCUUUCAGCUACUAAAAGUUAGUUUUUAAGAAAAAUAAAUGCAUGUAAGUGCAUUAUACUUUUGGUAUCGAAAUAGUUUAUGUAGAACUUAUAACUAGUAGUUUAUAUGCAGAUCAAUUGAAAACGUUAAUAAAUAUGCCUCAUAAGUCAUAAUA